AUGGCUUCAUCAUCAACCAUCUCGACUCCCCGGCCCUCAAAUGACCUACCCAGACUCCCAGUCGAGAUCUGGGCUCACAUUUUCGAUGAUCUUGAACCACUAGAGAAUUUCCAGUCCUUAAUCUCUGCUUCGCCCACCGCCCUUGGUUAUUUUCAAGUGGAGAAGAGCCGUAUCCUACGCCCGUUUGUGGAUAAAAUCAACGACCACAUCGACACCGACAUUAUUCCUAUUCUGCUGUCCUCAUUCAGAGUCACAAAACUGCUGUCCACAACACCAAGCCUUACCCUACCCCAAAUCGGAGAUGAACUUUCAACGUUUCUAAAUCCUCUUUUCAGACCUGACACUCCAAACCCCUUUCAGCAAUGGGAUCAGAACUUAUCAGCUAUUAUCAAGCUCACCAAAAGUUUCCCAAAGAUCGCCAGUAUGGUGUGGUACUACACAGGUAUCAGAGAGAUUUUGCGGCUUAGGAUGUCGUCCUCCACGUUGGCUAGCCACGCCGAAGCACCCGGAUCCGAAGUCAAGAAAUUCCUUGUCACCUUCAUCUAUCAAACUAUCUUACUCGACUUAUCUACCUACCGUGAUGGCACUUUAUUCAACCCUAGAACAUCUAUUCUAGACUCGGUGGCGUGGGAAGCAGCCAACCCGAAUCUCGAAGACGUUACCCCAAACUUAUGGCAACCAUCUUCAGAUCAGACUGGGGCUUUGGUCAUCAAUGAUCGUGGGCUGGUGCAUGUCGCAGUAGAAAUCGCACAAGGCCUCCAUAGACAAGGCGAGGACGCCGAAGGGGGAUAUACCCAACUGAUGCCUGAAAUAUGGUUGAAACGACCCUGGAGCGUGGUCGGUUUCUCCGUUGCCGACGCUCGUAUCCUGUUUGUCGGCUCGGCUUAA